AACGCUUAUUUGCACGAACUGUUGCUCUGAGAGGACAUAUUAUCACAAGAGCCGUUCACAUAACCUCGUACGUGUCCCGAAUACGAUGGUGUGCGGCAAGAAAUAGUGUUUUCAAUUUAGUUUCAGUCUCUUCAGGCAUAUUUCCCGGGCGCCCUUUUUGCGAGCAGUUCAUCGUAGGAGCGUCGCGUCUCUUGUAUCGGGAGGCGAAACCGAUUACCUGUCCCAUAGUCUGAAGUGGUGUGUUGUGUGUGAGGUUUUGGUUUUUUAAUCAUGUCGGUGCGGGAGUCUUUUAACCCAGAGAAUUAUGAGCUGGACAAGAACUUCAGGCUAACGCGCUUCACAGAGCUCAAGGGCACGGGCUGCAAAGUUCCCCAAGAUGUGCUGCAGAAACUUCUAGAAUCCCUGCAGGAAAACCAUUUUCAGGAGGAUGAGCAGUUCCUGGGGGCGGUAAUGCCCAGGCUGGGCAUCGGUAUGGACACCUGUGUGAUACCAUUGAGACAUGGGGGAUUGUCACUCGUGCAAACCACAGACUAUAUCUACCCCAUAGUAGAUGACCCAUACAUGAUGGGCAGAAUUGCUUGUGCCAAUGUGUUGAGUGACCUGUAUGCCAUGGGGGUCACAGAAUGCGAUAACAUGCUGAUGCUUCUUGGUGUCAGUAACAAACUCACAGAGAAGGAGCGUGAUAAGGUCAUGCCACUGAUCAUCCAGGGGUUUAAAGAUGCUUCUGAGGAGGCCGGGACAUCAAUCACAGGGGGUCAGACUGUUCUAAACCCAUGGAUAGUCCUUGGGGGUGUGGCUACAACAGUGUGCCAACCUAACGAGUUCAUCAUGCCGGAUAACGCCGUGCCAGGGGAUGUGCUGGUUCUCACCAAGCCUCUGGGUACACAGGUGGCAGUAGCGGUUCACCAAUGGCUGGACAUUCCGGAGAAAUGGAAUAAGAUAAAGUUGGUAGUCACUCAGGAAGAUGUUGAACUUGCCUAUCAGGAGGCCAUGUUGAAUAUGGCUCGACUCAACAGAACCGGGGCCGGGCUGAUGCACACCUUCAAUGCACACGCAGCGACUGACAUCACGGGGUUCGGGAUCCUGGGUCACGCUCAGAACCUGGCACAUCAACAGCGAACAGAGGUGUCCUUCGUCAUCCACAACUUGCCAGUUCUCGCUAAGAUGGCUGCUGUCAGCAAAGCCUGCGGGAACAUGUUUGGUCUAAUGCACGGCACCUGCCCUGAGACCUCCGGAGGUUUGUUGAUCUGUCUACCACGGGAACAAGCAGCCCGCUUUUGCGCCGAAAUCAAAUCUCCCAAAUAUGGCGAAGGUCACCAGGCGUGGAUCAUCGGCAUCGUAGAGAAAGGCAACCGCACGGCACGGAUCAUCGACAAACCCCGCAUCAUCGAAGUCGCACCUCAGGUGGCCACGCAGAAUGUCAACACCACCCCAGGAACCACAUCUUAAACCUGACCCCAUGACCCCUACGACAGCCCUGAACAGCUAGCGUGCUCUUGCCACACCUGAGAAUAUAUCAACGCAAUGAUAUAUAUACACGUCUGCCCACCCUGGCCUUGGGGCAGACUUUACCUGGACCCGGUUAUAAAGCAGAAGUGUUAAGAACACGUAACGAAGUAAAAUCGAUUGCCUUUGUGUCUAUAGUUUUCUGUUACAUUAACUGAACAUACACCUGAUUGUAAGGCAGCUUCCAAGUAGAAAGUAUAAUUCUUAUCUUAUACUGUCGAUAACUUCCAAAUUGUUUCUGCUCGUCUUCUGUCCCACAGAUACAAGACUCAUCUGCCGUUUCAGACAUUUAGACAUGAUGUGUUUUAGCCGUUCCAGUAUGCAGUAGUGCUAAUUGUAAUCCAUGCCUUUAAAAAUAGUUGAAGUGAUGCUGGAGAUUCUCUCUGGAGUCUAAACGGGAUUGCUUUUUCCUUUUCAUUUUUUUACUUUUGUAUAUCCCUUAUGCAUCGGAUAAAAUAAAUAACCCCUUUCGCUGUUUGGUGGCAACAUAGUUGGCUGGAAGGAAUCCAAGAAAAUACCAAACAGCAAAUGCACCAGUCUUUUAGGUUAGAGAAUGUGCUAAAAAAAUGGAAAUGCAGUUUAUAUAUAAUUAAACUGUUUUACAUGCCCAUAAUUAGUUAUGUUCUGUGUUAGAGCUGGUUUUUAUAUUCUGUACAAAAGUCGUACUUUUCUCUCUCUUUUCAUAUUAGUGCACCGUUAUGUAUAUGCAUUGAAGUCCCUCCAAUAAAUG